AACCAGGAUCCCUGGUCAUGAGCAUGCAGGGGUGAGAGCCCGGCCCUCCCUUGUCCGCCCCGGGGGGCGAGGUGAUGCUUUCCUUGUCGCCGCCUGGGAGAGCCAGGCGCUGAUCCUGGCGCGGCGCUCAGCUCCCUUUUGCUUUCUAGAGGGAAGGAGCCUGGAAGAGAGGCCAUCUGGAGCGUCUGAUGACAUCUGCAAGGCAAAGGCAGCGCAGUGCUACUGAGCUGUUGUCCUUCCUACUAGACAAAUCUUGUCUGCAUCAUCAGCUGCGAAAGGAGAGAUCUCUGUGCUGCUUGCACUGGAGUUUCCAGCAUUUGGGAUUCGGGGGACCCGGCCAACUCUGUGCCUAGCCAGAGUUAGUGAGGCUGAAUAACCAGUGCAGUAGGGAGGCCUUGUUUCUACCCAGGAAGCAGCUCCCCUUCCAUGACAGGCAAAUGAAUGCUCUUACGUUAUGUAAAAAGCAAUCGGGGCCUGUGGACAGCGAUAAUAUCUUUUAUUAGACCAACAAGAUUUUUGCAGAAAAAAAAAUUCUUUAACAUUUGCAGAACAUUUUUUUGCAAAAAUCUUGUCGGUCUAAUAAAAGAUAUCAUCUCUGUCCAUGAGCCCUGAUUGCUUUUUGCUCUAGGCCAUUACGGCUACAACCUGCAUACCUGACUUGCAUACCAUGUUAUAUAGUUUGCAGAGUGCUUUGAGAUCCAUUUGAAUGAAAGGCCCUUAAGCAAGACCAUUAUGCUUAAGCCCUUUUCUGUUAGUACUAUAAAAGCUGGCCAAGUAUGUUUAUCUGGAAGGAAUGAAAGAUUUAUAAGUUUACCCUGAAACUGAAAAAUUUCCAUAGGGGCACAACACAGGGACAGUCUCAUCACGUGUCCUGCCUCUAGAAACCACCAGUACCUGAAGAGAGAAACAGAGCCCUCUAUGAAAAACCCAAUGAAUUUUUCAGUCUUGUAGAAAGGGGGGUCAGUAUUUUCUUGACUGUUCUAGCAAUCACGUUAUACCAUGUAGCCGGAAAUUUUAAAUAUCUUUAUGUAAGUAUCUGCGCACAUUUAUGGUUAAAAUUAUCCAAUUGUCCUAAAGAGUGGGAGGGGAUUUGGACAACAUUGAGUUUUUUUGUUGUUCAGAGUUACUGAAAUGAAUGUGUGCUGCAGGUGCUGGGCACCAUUGAGAAUCUGGCAGUAUUCCUCUUACUGCUGCAGUGAAUGACAUAGGCUGUGCAAAUGCACAGUCCCAUUUUCAAAAGUGGCUUCAGGUCCUAUAUGUAUAAAUUAACACUUGUCUACUGUUCAUUUGGAUUUACACUUGUUGCCUUUCCAUUUUUUCAUUGCUUUAUAUAGAAAAAGUAAACAAGAAUGGCUCAUUUUCCCUUUUCGGGACUAUCUGUUUAGAUCUCAGUCUGGUCCUAUCGAACUCUUCUUCCAGCUAUAAGUAACAUGAUGAUCUUCUGUAUUCCCACUGCAAAGCUAAACGCUGUCAUUGCAAAAUCUGAACCCAUUCCCUGGGCAAAUCCCUGGGAUUUGAUUGCCAUUCUGAACCUCUUCAGUCUCUCUUCUAUCUUUCUUGAUCGUAUUCUUGCAAAGAGAGGCCCAUAUGUGGAUUAAUGUCUGUACUGUAUGAAGAAGUGUUUGUCCUCUUUGCAUCUCAUUUCUCUAAUGGAUGCUGUGCUCUUGGCAGAUAUCUUCAUUGAGUCAGCCAGAUCCUGAGUUGGCAAGCCAGUCAGUUGACCAGUUGAAUAAUGUUAGUUGAUUGCCUAUUAUUUGACUGGUCAAAUAUUCUACAAAGCCAAGAAAGCCCUUGGGUAGGUAGUGGUCUACCUUUCUUAUAGCAUCGUGUUGUCAUCGAUUAGCAAGGACUGGAAUGAGAGUUCCUUGCCCGCCGGUUCUGCAGAAGUCAUGACACACACACACACACACACACACACACACACACACACACACUCUCUCACUCUCACUCUCACUCUCUCUCCAUUUAGGUACCUCCUGUGCCCUGCUCCUCUCCCCUCUUCCAGCCUCUCUUCCUUUCCCCACUUUAAGCCAUCUGGGGAUGCAAUAGCUAUGCUGUACUAGGGGAGGAGCCAAAACUAGCUAGCAGCAGGGCUUCUGGGAUAAAAGCCAAAGAGGAGAAAAGUUCAGUUUUUAAUACCAUCCACAGUUAUACUUAUCUGAAACUGUCACUUGUAAUAAAUUAUUAUAGCUUUUAGAAUUUAAUUUAAUUGAUUCAUAACAGCUAAUUUUUUUUGUAAUAAGCAUAGGUGUCUAACCUCUUGAAGAUUAAAGUCUCUCUUUAUUCUUCUAAUGAAUACUUGACCAGUAUUUGAUCAGUCAGCAGACCAAGUAUAUUUGACCAGUCAAAUACUUAACCAUAAUCCAGGUUUAUUCCUAGGCUCCAAACUCAGGGAAUCCUACCGACGCACUUCAGAAAUGGUGAUUAUUUUUGUUGUUGUGUUUACGCUCACUUGGGUUAAAUGUUUGCUAUUUUCUUUUGUUAGGAAAUGUGGUUUAUACUACAGUGUUUUUAAAACUAAUUUUGAAAAGCUCCUUUCUUUGGGUUCCAUUCUUCCAGUGCUUCAUGCAUUAUCACUUUCCACUUGCAAUAAGUACUUACAUUCACAAUAACACUGUCCAUGGUACCUGCUAUUCAAAGAUAGUAUGUUCCUUACAAAUAAUAAUUUAGGCUUGCACAAGCUUUUGUGAGAUACAAAUAUAAUUCUGUCUAUAACACAACCAGCACUCUAGGGGUGGUUGUGAAGCCCCUGAAGGCCAUGUAGCUCCUAUCCUGCUCUGGCUGUAGGUCCCUGCCCUUCACUCCCACCUGCCAUGCCUUGCUGUUCUUAGAUAAUUUUGGAAAGGGAAGCUGCCAAAGGGCCCUAAAGAAAGCCCUGCCCUGUUUUCCUGCCAGUGGAUUCCUCUCAGACCCUAGCAUACCCAAUCCAGUUUUCUCACUAGGUGAGCCCAUGCAUGCCCCAGGGCACCUGCUGCCUUGCAGGCUGUUCAUGGCCUCUGACCACCCCUACAGUCCUGCCUAUGCCUCACAGACGUUACUGAUUAGUCACUUUCCCUGUAUUGGGGCCUCAGCCUUCCUGGCCUCUGCUCCUUCCUCUCACUGGGCCUUCUAGCCCCUGCCCACUGUGUUGGAUCUGACUUCUGAGUUUCAACUCAUCUUGCCUACUUUGUAGUUUGGGGCUGUCAGUCCUGGUCUCACCGUCUGGGGCUGUGGGCCACUUGGCCUGCUCUUGCCUCCCUUGGCUGUGGGUCCCUGGCCCUGGUCUCACCCCUCUAGGGCUUUGAGCCCCUGGACCUACGUCUUGCCCCUCUCAGGCUCCUCACCCACUUGGGCUGUGGGCAUCGGGCCCUGGCUCUCAUAUCUAAUUGCCUGCUCUCUUGCAGCCAGCUUGCUGUGGGCAGUGUUCCCUUGAAUGAUUGCAAGUGUUCCCCUUUUACUUCGUGUGCAGCUCUUCACCUAGGUAACAGUGCUUCCUUGCUGUGUCCUCCUUUGCAGUUAACCUCUGUUCAGCUGCCUAGACUGUGUCUGCUACAGCUUCUUCCCUUGAAGUAAAAGGAACCCUAGGCUGCCUGUUGCAAUUCCCAUUCUACCAAGUGGGAAACCAAGGUGUGAAGGAGAAAUGACUUGCCUAUGUGCAGACAGAAGUCUAUUAAGACAUCUCCUAAAUUUCCUUUUUGCAUUUUUAAGUGUAAAAUUAUUCUUCUCUUAAAUCCGUAGUAUUUUUUGGCCCUCAUUGCUAUAGUCUUUCUGAAUGCCUUCAGCUCAUGAUCUGUUGGGAUGAGCAGGCUACAACCAAAGAGGAAGGUCUGGAGCUCAAAUGAAGAUUUCCCAAGAAGAUGGGGUAGAUGUUGUCUUGGUUGUUGGGGUUGUUCUGUGCUGCUAUCUCCUUCCCUCUGGCACAUUUUCUUUUCUAAUGGUCUUUGUCCCACCCACUCAUUCCUGCAAAGUGCUUGGCACUCUCAGCUCUUAGUGACCUCUAGGAGUUGAAGUCCCCAAUAUCUCAGUGUCUAAGCCUCUGCAUGCCCUCUUCUUUCCUCUCCCCCCAUAGCAUCAUGGACUGAAAUUCCAAGUGAACAUGCUCUGUGCUCUCUGAUGGAGGCUUACUUUUCUCUGCCCUCUCAGUUACUUUCUGUUCACUGUCAGAGAAACGGGCUAGUGCCAUUCCAUUCUGGUUCCCUGCUGAUUACCAGCGAGAAGGCAAGCAGGCUACUUUCUUUAGGACUAUGUUGUGAGCGCAACCCUGCCCUUAACAGACAAUGAAGUAGUGUGUUGAAUAGUUGAAUGCUGGUUCUAGGCAGUGCUUCCUCAUUGUUUUACAUUUGAUCCUUUUCCCUUCUUGGCCUCUGGCUACAUGGACUGCAUAUCACACAGUUUUAAAAAAAAGUUGAAAAUACACCCAAGUAGCUGUCCCACAUAAUGAGUAAUCCUGAACACUCCUCUGUUACUGUUUCAUUGGUAAGAAGUGCACAGCCUACCAAAAAAAAGGACUUGGUGCUGGUAAAAUGUGCUAGUCUAAUUGAAUUCUGUGAGUAUAGGCAUAAAUCCAUAUAGGACAACAGGUCACACCCAGAGGGGUUUGCCCAGAGUCACAAGACUAUCACGGACUGAAAAUAAGUCCCACAGUCAGCUUCCCCAUUGAGUUUCCUCCUUCUGAGCUGACCUGGCCAUCUAGGCCAUUAAGCAAGAGGAGGCUGAUGGAGUGGCCCCAUGAAUUUGUGGGGCCAGAUAAAUAGUAUGGUUGGGGAAAAUGUGUCACUCUGAAGUGUGAAGGCCUGUGUUUAGCAAGGAAACAGUAGCAGUGCAGUUCUUGUGGGCUCCUUUAUCAAUGUGCCAAGGCCCUUUGACUUCCCCACUCAGCCGGACACUCUGGCUGCUACUUGUGUCAAAGAAUGGAUCCCUCUUCACUGACUAUAAAGUUCUCCACUGGGAUUUUCAAAGGAGCCAAAGGUAGUUAGGUACCAGCAGUCGCAAAGCCAAUGGGAUUUGGGUGCCUGACCACCAUGGACUCCCUCAAAACAUCUGAAUUUGAUGCACUUGGAGAUAACUGAGGUUGUUCAGUUCAGAGUCCAGGUUUGAACCAUCCCAGAGUUCAGGACUGUUCAGACUUUGAAGUUGGGGCUCAAGCCCUCCUUUUAUAAGGGUCCUCUAUGCUAAUGUCUUUCUUUGUCUUUCAGCCAUGGCGAUGCCGAGCUCCCUCCUGUGGGCAGUUGAUAUCUUUGGGAGGGUGUACACUCUUGCCACAACAGGCCAGUACUGGGAACUCUGCAAAGAUGGGCAGCUGGAGUUCAAACGGGUCUCUGCUGUCAAACAGUGUUGUUGGGGAAUAGCUUGUGAUCAUCAGGUCUACACCUAUGUAUUCUCAAGUGAUGUUCCUAUUAGGUACCAGGAGGAAACCUAUGAAAAUCAGCGUUGGAAUCCAGUUGGUGGCUUCUGUGAGAAAUUAAUGCCCAGUGAUCGCUGGCAAUGGAGUGAUGUGAGCGGGCUAAAACAUCAGCAACUUGACAGUUUCACACUGCCCUCACCACACUGGGAGUGGGAGUCUGACUGGUAUGUGGAUGAAAAUAUUGGAGGGGAACCAACAGAGAAAGGGGGUUGGACAUAUGCAAUAGACUUUCCAGCUACCUACACAAAGGAUAAGAAAUGGAAUUCCUGUGUCCGACGCAGAAGAUGGAUCAGAUACAGGAGAUAUAAGUCACGAGACACUUGGGCAAAGAUUAUAUCCCUUGAAGAUCCCAGUCAGCUGCCAGACCCUUUCAAUGAUAUCUCCAUUGGAGGAUGGGAAAUCACUGAUGAGCCUGCUGGCCGUUUAUCAGUCUGGGCAGUUUCUUUACAAGGAAGGGUAUGGUACAGAGAAGAUGUUUGCCACCACAAUCCGGAAGGCUCUUUGUGGUCCUUAGUAGCCACCCCUGGUGAAGUAGUACAGAUCAGCUGUGGACCAUAUGACCUCUUAUGGGCAACUCUUUGGGAAGGACAAGCUAUUGUGAGAGAGGGAAUUGACAGAAAUAACCCUCACGGAAUUUCUUGGACGGUUGUGGAAUCCCCAGGCUCUGAAAAUGGGAUCAUGCACGUCGCUGUUGGAGUAAAUGUGGUGUGGGCUGUUACCAAAGACAGAAAAGUGUGGUUCAGGAGAGGGGUAAACUCGCACAAUCCAUGUGGCACUAGUUGGAUUGAAAUGGUUGGUGAAAUGAUGAUGGUAAACGUUGGCUUAAAUGACCAGGUCUGGGGAAUCGCUUGUGAUGAUCGAGCAAUUUAUUUCCGCCAAGGUGUCACACCGAGUGAGCUAAGUGGGAAGACGUGGAAGGCGAUUGUAUCUGGCAGAGAGAGUGACAGAUCUCAGACUGGCAGCUCAACUAGUCUGCUCAGUGCUGGCUGUUUCUUUAGUGACGAAGUUAGGGACCAAGCAAACUCAAUCAUUCAGAGUGAUGGAGACAUUUCCUCCGAUACCGAGAGCCCACGUGUGCCUCCAAAUCAUGCCGAUGCUCCCCUUUCCGGAGCUGCUAUCAGCAGCAAUGAGAACAACGCAGACUCACAGAAAGAAGUGGGUGCACAUCUGGCUGUGGAUUCUCUGGAUUCUGCUCAGGAAGAAGCUAAUUCUACUUCAAGCAGUAGUGAGAAAGCUGGUCUUGAAAAACCCGAGUCUUCUGUGGACCAGGACACCCAUCCAGCAGAAUUGCAGUGGACAAACAUUGAUUUAAAGGAGGCCCAUAAAAACCCAGUCCUCACCUCCAGCACCUUCAGAGAAACAUCCAGCGUAUCUUCCCUUGGCUUGUUCCCAGUUGGCAUUGAAGAACCCUACGGAACUGAUGAGCACCCAUUUUGGGCAUGGGUAUCCGGUGGAGGCUGCCUGGUGGAUCUGCACAGCCCGCUGAAAUGGUUCACUAUUCAGACAGGUUUGUCGUCUUCUGUGCAGUCCCUUUCUCUGUCAAUCACUCCAGCCCAGACAGCGGCUUGGCGAAAGCAGAUUUUCCAGCAGCUAAGUGAAAGGACCAAGCGGGAGCUGGAAAACUUUAGGCAUUAUGAACAGGCAGUUGAGCAAUCUGUCUGGGUUAAAACUGGGACCUUACAGUGGUGGAGAAGCUGGAAGCCUCAUAAAUGGAUGGAUGUUCGAGUGGCUCUUGAGCAGUUCACUGGGAGCGAUGGAGUGCGAGACAGCAUUCUGUUCAUCUACUACAUGCAUCAUGAGGAAAAGAAGUACAUCCAUGUGUUCCUCAAUGAAGUCACCAUUCUGGUUGAAGUUUUGAACGACUCCAAGCACUCCUUUGCCCUGUACACACCUGAGAGAACGAAGCAACGGUGGCCAAUCCGCCUAGCAGCUGCGACAGAACAGGAGAUGCACGACUGGCUUGCUUUGCUGAGCAUGUCCUGCUGUGAAAGCAGACGGAUUCAAGGCCCUCCUUCCCAUCACGCAGUCUGGUCAGUCACAUGCAAAGGAGACAUCUUUGUUAGUGAACCGAGCCCAGAACUGGAGGCUGCACCACACCUGAUACCAUGUGACCAAAUGUUUUGGCGUCAGAUAGGAGGGCAUCUCCGACUGAUAGAAUGCAAUAGCCAGGGCAUAGUGUGGGGCAUAGGGUACGAUCACACAACCUGGGUUUAUACUGGUGGCUAUGGAGGAGGCUUCAUUCAAGGAUUGGCCAGUAGUGCUGAUAAUAUUUACAUGCAAUCGGAUGUCAAAUGUGUUUAUAUAUAUGAGAACCAGCGGUGGAAUCCAGUCACUGGAUAUAGUAGCCGGGGUCUGCCCACAGAUCGGUAUAUGUGGAGCGAUGCAUCUGGUUUACAAGAAUGCACAAAAGUUAACACAAAGCCUCCAUCACCACAGUGGUCUUGGGUGUCUGACUGGUAUAUUGAUUUCAAUGUCUCUGGUGGAACUGACCGAGAAGGCUGGCAGUAUGCCGCAGACUUUCCAGCAUCCUACCAUGGCCACAAGACAAUGAAAGACUUUGUACGACGGAGACGCUGGGUAAGCCCCUUCCCUGAAUCAAGUAAUGAAGAUGCUCCCACUGCCAGAACAGAGGAGGGAAUGGACCAGCUGCAGAGUUUUGCUUUCUACGGUGGAGUCCCCAAUCUCUUCUUUGUCUUGAUACACUUGGCUACGAUUAAAAGGGAGACAGGAAAGUAGAGCAAGCUGCAAACUCCUUAAAGGCCUUGCUUUUGCUUCAUUAAAAAUUCCUGACAAAUUACCACUCUCGUCUUGAUCUGAUAUGCUUCAAAACUUGAUCCAAAAACCCCAUGCUGUUUGGUGUCAGCCCUCUUGCAAACAGGAAAUACUAGUUUGCAUAAUCUCCACUGAACAAAAGGGUCUGGGGAUUAUUUCUGCCUGAACUUUAACUACUCCUGUCAACAGCGGAGAA